AUGGCCGAUCCAACACCCAUCCCUAUCAUCCUUUGCGGAAAGACAGAGUUUGUUGGCGAGAAAGUAAUCGAGGCUCUGAAACCUGAGAUUGAAGUUGUCCACUUCAUACUUCCUGGAGAGUCAGGAAAGGUCAUCAUCCCUGAACUGCUGCGCGGCAAUCCUCCGCCCUCUCACCCCGACCUCAGCACAAUUGGAUCAGGAAAUUACACGCGAAUCCCCGAAGCCGUGGUUUUAGGUGGAGCGUUCGAGUAUGAAGACAUCGAAACCUUACGUGACGCUGUAAAGGCUGUGGAUGGGUCGCUCGGCGUAUCAUGGAUUCGCCAGGAUACUAAUCUGCCGGCACCUCCAGUCACAUCGCCUGAGUAUCCGAAGCUCAUGACAAAAAGAACAAAGGAGGCGAUAAUUGAGCUAAAGAGGAAUGGGAAGUUGGAUAGAAAGACUGAUAGAGUCGAGUGGUAUUAG